AUGCAGGAUACUGCUUUAGACGAUGAGGAAUCUGUCGUUGCAGCUCAGAAGAAGGUAGAAGUUUAUAUCAUCCAUGUAAAUGCUCAGAAAGAACACUGCGAAAUAUGCAAGCAUUCAUUUGGAUUCACUAAAGUCUACUCCCCGUAUAUGCCUCCUCAAUUACCCAGAUUACUCUUCUUUAAAAGAGCCAUAAUCUGCGUAAUUAAAUGGUUUUUACACUCUCUACACUUCCUAUUAGUAGCCUUGGUUUGGCUCGGUUUCCUCCCUUACAUUACUGUCUGGUGCUGGCGCUGUUACUUUUACUUUGGUAACCUUAUCAUAUCAACAACAAACAAUCAACACGUUGAUCAAUCCAUUCUAGCUGCUUUGGCUGAUCAUAACAAUGCCACAUCAAAUUCUACACUCCCCUCCUCUCUUUCCCCACAAGACGAUCAAAACCCUUGGAAUUCCUUCCUUUGGUCGGUUAUAAAUGACAUAUUCCAAGGCCAAACCAUCACCUGCUCUUUGGUCGUCAUCUUCGUCGUCAUCUUCUUGCUCAGGGAGUGGGUCCUUCAACAAGGUCCUAUUAUUGACCAGUGGAGCGAUGUUGAUAGCUCAAAACCUCCUCCUCCACUCAAGCAAAUCCUUAUUGAACACCCCACUCAGCUUCCUACUCCCCCAAACCUUGAAGUUCCUCUUAACGAACGUCUACGCUUCAAGACUAAAGUUAGACAACUCCUCAACCCUCUCCAAAUUCCUAACUCCGCUGUUGCUUUCAAUAUAAGCGACAAUUCCUCUCAGACAUCAGACACAACCACUUCUUCUCAACUAAGACAGCGCAGAAUAAGUGAUAUCAUUAGGGAAGAUCACUCAUCUCAUGAUGUCAACGUUGCUGCAAAUCUUCCUCUUCCUGAAUCUCCUGCUGUUACUACAGGCUCAUCAUCUGCCCUAGACCUUCCAACCGGUCCCACCAGUCGAGCUUCUAACCUGCGUUCCAAUACAGCUGCUAAUCGUACAACGGAUUGGGUCACUAAUUCUGACAAUAGUGGCUUCAUGUCUCCUAACACCGCUUCAAGCUCAUCAGCCCUUGAUGAAAGCGAUGAUGGUAGUUGGGAGGAGAGGAUGGGUAUGAGCAUGAACAUGGGUAUGAGUGUAAAUCAGCCCAUCAGCAACGCUUUUCAACAUGACAGCGAUGAAAGCACUGGAGGUGAUUACAAUCACCGCGAGUUAGAUCGUUACUUUAUUCCAGAUGAGAAUGAAGAGGAUGAAAUAGAGGAGGAAAGGCGCAGUGAAGAUACACAAAUCGCUGAGGAUGACAACCCAAACGAGGAUAGAGAUGCUGGUGACGCUGAAGGUGGUAUAAUGGAAGAUGAGCUAGAUGGUCUUUUCGAAGCCGUUGGUCUACGUGGACCAGUAGCAAAUCUAUUCCAAAAUUCAUCUCUCAUGAUCCUUCUUUUCUUUAUCGGAAUAGGCUGUUUCAUCUUCCUUCCUUACACUAUAGGAAAGAUAUUUGCUCAGCUGCGGCCAAUAGAUAUCCCACUACUUCCUAUCCAUAUUACUCGCUGGUUUACUGAUCCAAUUUUUGACAUUUUAGCUCUUUUAAUGACGAAACUGUUUUUCUCAUCAAGUAAAUCAGGUUCAGGUAUACCAGAGAUGGCAAAGUUGCCAAUGCAAGUAAGGGUUCAGAAUGCGAUUGCUAGAGGAUUUGAAGCUGCAGAGAAUUGGUUGGGUAGCCGAGAAUCGCAAAGUAUUCUGUCCUUGAAAGGACCACCUCUAAAAAUAGUAAAGGGACUGCUAUCGUUCUUUCGGUCUAUAUUUGCUACCAAAUCACAGCCGAAUGAACCGGAAGCUCAGAGUAGCAUUUUUAACAAGAUACUAAACGUCUUGUCGAAAAUUCCCGUCCUCGGUGAUCACAUUAAUCAAUUGGAUAGUGUUGUUCAUCUGUACACUGCGUCCGUUGAUUGGGUUAAGCUCAAGUCAUGGUCAUUGGCACUAAAUGAUGGUACAUCUGAACGUGUAGUCUCAAUAUUGCUGGGCUAUGCAGUCGCCACCACAUUUGCUGCAAUCUACAUUAACACCAAUAACCAAGUGCUACAAGUUGCGAAUGUAGUCAAAGAAGCCAUGACACAGCAAGUCAUUCUCGCCAAGAUAGCUAUUCUCUUCGCCAGCGAAUUAAUCUUAUUCCCAUUGGCAUGCGGAAUAUUGCUUGAGAUUUGCUCUAUGCCACUAUACGCGGACAUAAGCUUCCAAAGCAGAUUAAACUACACCAUCAACUCACCAAUCACAAGCUUGUUUACAAAGUGGCUAUGUGGUACACUUUUACUGUUCUUGGUAUCGGUUCUCAUCACUGGGAUAAGAAGACUGCUCAGACCUGGUGUGUUGUGGUUUAUACGCGAUCCAAAUGAUCCAAAUUUCGCACCAAUGAGAGAUGUGCUGGAGCGUAGUGCUUGGACACACGUCCGUAAAUUAGCAUUUUCAGCAUUCUUAUAUUCGACAUUUAUUCUCUCAACUUUUGGAGUAGGUUUUUACGUGUUAAGGUUUGGAUUCUCGGGCAUUCUUCCACUGAGGUGGAAAAUGACGGAACCAAUCAGCAUUGUACCGGUCGAUCUUCUGUUUCUACAGUUUAUCAUGCCUUACACAAUUCGCAAGCUAGCUCCAAGAGAUCUCGCCAAAAAGUUUUACUCAAGAUGGUGGAGCUGGGCUUCGGCGCAACUUGGAUUGAGCUCCUUUAUGUUUGGUGGAAGAUAUAAGGGUGAAGAAAGCCGAUACAGAGUAUUCAAUUGGCAGACUUUGUUUGGAUUAAAACAGAGUAAGCGCAAUAUGAGAGUAGGUAAUUGGAUGAGAGUACCUGCAACAGACAAUGUGUCAUUCGAUCGGAAAAGACCUUGCCCAAUGCUCAUUCCCGUUGACGAGGCAGGUUAUCCCGUUGAUGGAAGUGGCGAAAAAGCUGUAGCAAACCAGUUGCGCGAGGCGGCAUUCGGUGGACGUGAUGCGGCUAAAGACUGGUGUGUUGUAUACGCUCCACCAAACUUUAAACGCCGUCUGCUAUGGUUCAUCGCAUAUUUGUGGGCCACUACUGUUACAGUUGCCAUCUCGAUUUUAGUACCAUCGAUACUAUUGGGUAGAUACGUGAUGGAUAACCUGACUGGCCGUGAAAUGCACGACAUAUACUGUUUGAUCGUUGGACUGUACGGUUUAUUAGCACCACCGGUAGUAUAUCAAAAGUUCAUCAAGAAUGUGACAGAUAGACAAGUUUAUAAAUUACUCAAAUCAGUUUACUAUGCUACAAGCUUAGGAUUCAUAUUCCCAACAUUAGUAGGAGUUACACUGGAAUUAGCGGUCAUCAUUCCAACAAAGUAUCUUGCCAACAGUUUGCAGUUCCCUCCACGAUUACACCUACCUCAGGCAUGGUGUUUGGGUUUGUUAAUGGGACGCUUAGCCUUGUUCACCUCAAGGAACAAGGACGUAAACGAGCCAGUCAAUCUGAUGAACAAGAUGUUAGUUGAGGGAUUUGAGAGUAUAUCCCUUAGUCAAUUUAACACUGGUGUUAUGAAGCCAAUUGUUGUGGAGGUCAGUAUGGCAUUGGUAGCUCCUACGAUUUUAGCAAACUACUCAACUAAGUUUGUUGAGAAAUACGGUUAUGAUUUCAUCAAUGCUGCUUAUAUUCACAUCUUCGCGUUCCCUUUGACGAGCUUACUCCUUUCAAUCAUAGAAUUGAGGGAUAAGAUAAGGGCUGUCGUGAGUAGGCUAGACGUAGUAGUGCGAGAUGAAGAAUUUCUCGUAGAAAGACAACUGCAAAAUGCAGAAUGA